AUGACUCUUUGUCUCAGUGUGAUUUCUGACACCGUUCCUCCAAAACUGAUCUGGCAGAUUAAAGUUCGUAUACGAAGUUUGUGGAAAGUUCAUUCUUGGAAUGACCACAAUACUAUUACCAGCUUAGAAAUGAUUUUGAUUGAUGAAAAAGUAGGAAAUAAUGUGGAUUGUACUUUGUGGGCUGAACAUGCUGAACAGAUGCACACUUAUUUAACUGAUAAUGGUUAUGAUAAGUCUGUAAUAGUCAUUUUACAGUUGUGUAAGCCUAAAAUUUUUCAAUCAAUUCAUGGCAUAUCAAAUGCCUUUAAUGGUACAAGAAUCUUUAUUAAUAGCAAUCUAAAUGAGUCUCUUGAAUACAAAGAGAAGUUGGAGAAUGGAAAUAAGUCACUAAACCAAAUGAUUAGUUAUGUAUCUAGCCAAAGCAACAAUGUUUCAAUGGAUGAUUUUCUUAAACAUCCGAAAAUGACUAUUUUUGAAGUUCUUCAAUGUCCUAAGGUUUCUACUGUUGUUGUUCUUGCCAAAACAAUUGACUUCGACCACACAAAGAAAUGGUAUUAUCAAGCAUGUACUAAAUGUUCAAGGAGUGUACGUACAAAAAGUAGAGAUUUGUAUUUUUGUGAAAGUUGCGUCGAUGUUCUUCCAGCGAAUCCAAGAAUUAGGAUACAUGUUCAAGUUGCUGAUGUGAGUGGAUCUUCAACUUUUAUACUUUUUGACAGAGUGGCUACAAACUAA